CGCGUGGUGUUAUCUUCAUAGAGAUUGCCCGUGGGCCGACAAUGAGGGGUUUUUUUUUUGUCUUAAAAUGUCAGUUUUGAAAGAGUUACAAGCUGCCUGGCAGCAAGUCGAUGGUCAUGCAUGUACUUCCUCGAGUAUACAAAGUUCUUUCGGCCUUGCACUUUCCUGAAACACAACUUUUACGGCAGUCUUAGUGGUUUUGAUAAAAAGGUUAAAUCUAUAAAAUAUAUAAAACAACAUGCAAAGACCUUUCAAUCAACCUAAAGGUGUUGGAAAAGAGGACGAAAAUGGUUCUUCCACAGGAAGGAGUGUAGACGGCUUUUAUAUUGCUAAUAUCGACGAAAGGAAUCUAAACAACAGCCAAGGAGACGUGACGCCGGCAAUGGAAAUGUUGAAGUUCACAGACUGUGACGACGAUGAAAGUGAAAUAGAAACGGUUGAGAUAAUUAAUUUGAAUUCUUGUGGACAAGGGUUUGACAACGAGACAGUGGAUGAAUCAUAUUUAGUUGAAGAAGAUGGUGUUCCUGGUACUUCUCUAAUGCUGUCUAGCCACCAGAAACUCCCUUCAAAAAACUUCUGCGCUGAAAUCAGAGCAGCCAAGGAUGUUGAAACUUUCCUUGAACGACCAAUAUUACUUCUUGGACUGCAGGAGACAAGUCUGCAGGGAAUUAUUGAUGCAAUGUUGAAGAAGCUGAUAACUGUAAUUGGUGGAGAGGACAUUGAUUUUGAAGAAGCUAGACUGGCAUUUUUCACCCAUGACUCUGUUCACUGCUUGUCUAAAAUAAUCCAAGGAACAGAAAUAUCUGAAGGAGGAGGCUGGGAAGAAACUCAGAAUUGGCUUAUUGCACUGGGAGAACUACCAUCUGUACAGCAAAGCCACGUGGCCUUUGCACAACUGAGACAUCCUGUAAACUUGGGAAGAACACUCGAAGAGACUCAUUUGGUUGUCUUGGUGCUUGCUCCUAGUAAAGCUAAAAGCACAAAGAACUCACUGGAAACAGGAAGAACUUUUGCAACAUUAUUGUCUGACAUAGAGAUAAGACAGCUGCUCAUUGAAGCAGAAACAGAAGAGGAAUUAAAGAAAGUACUGUCAGAUCGCAAAGGGAUGCUAUCUUCACAAUUAUUGCCAAAACGCAAAUCUACCAUAAGGCAGUUUGGUUCCCAACCUAAGUCCUCCUUUAUCCAUCAAAGAGAUGAUGAAAAUGAAAAGAGAUCAGAGUUGUUCUCAUUUGGAAGGGGGGUCAUACGUGACUUUCGAAGGAGAUGGCCACAUUAUUUAUCUGAUUUUAAAGAUGGAAUAAGAGGUCAUCGGACCAUUCCUAAAGUGAUCUCCACAACACUUUUCUUAUACUUUGCCUGUAUUCUGCCAUCAAUUGCAUUUGGUGUUCUCAACAGCCGCAACACUAGUGGAAAAAUUGAUGUUCUGAAAGUUAUCAUUUCACAAUCUGUGGGAGGAAUUUUGUUUGCUCUGUUUGGAGGACAGCCUUUAAUUGUUUUACUUACCACAGCUCCACUUGCACUUUACAUCAAAGUUAUUUACAACAUUGCGGCAGACUUUGAUUUGGAUUUCUUUGCCCUAUAUUCUUGCACUGGCCUUUGGAAUUCAUUCUUCCUGUUUAUCUACUCUACAUUUGGUCUUUCCCAGAUAAUGAAGUGGUCAACAAG